ACACACGGCACUGCCAGCCUGCCAUCCUUUACUUUGAGCUCAGCCACCGUGGGCUUCGCACUCUAACACACAGAGAGGGGGGUUCAUCUCGCUUCCAAAGCUUCUGAGGAGGAAAAAAAAAAAAAAAAAACAGGAGAUCCGAUCGGAUUUGUUUCACCAUCUCGGGGUCAGACCUUUUUUUUUUAAACCCAUCCCCGGAGUUGGAUUCCUUUUUGAAAUCUCUAGAAACCUCCUCGGGUUUUUUCCCCUUCUUUUUCGAGUUUUCUUUUUCUUUUUUUUUUUUGGUUGCGAAGGAAGACCAAACAAACAAAAAAAACAAAGACAAUGGGAGCCCAGUUGUCCAAGGGUGGAGUGGAGGUGGAGGGGAAGGCCGCCGACCCUGCUGCUGCCAAAGCCAACGGCCAGGAGAACGGCCACGUGAAGACCAACGGCGACGUUUCGGCCAAACCCGACGGCGAAGUGGCCGCUGCCGACGGGAACGGUACCGCCGAACCGGCCAAGGAGGGCGAGGCCGGAGCGGGGGAUGCCAUCGAGCCCGCUCCGGCCGCCGAGGGCGAGGCCUCCAAGGCGGAGGGCGAGGCUGCCAAGGAUGCCAAGAAGAAGAAGAAGUUCUCGCUGAAGAACUCCUUCAAGUUCAAGGGCAUCUCACUGAAGAAGAACAAGAAGGGCAGCGAGGAAGGCAAGGAGGAGGCCACCUCUCCCACGACCGAGGACAAGCCGGAGGAGAACGGCCACGCGGCCAAGGAAGCCAAAGAGGAGACGCCGGCGGCCGAGGCCAAGGAGGACGAGGCGGCCGCUGCCCCUGCGGCCGAGGGAGAGGCCAAGGCUGCGGAGGAGGCCCCGGCGACAGAGGCCGCCCCGGCCGAGGAAGCCGCCGCCCCCGCCGAGGGCACAACACCUGCAGCCUCCGAGGGCGAGGCCAACGCAGAGUGACUGCACCCGAACUGAUUUUUUUUUUCCAAGAUUAAAGUAUAUAAAUAGAUAUAUGAGAGACUUGUGCCACGUUCUCAAAGUUAUAAGCAAAACUACAAAAGAAGACGACAAAGGAUAUAUCACGUUUGCUGAUUAAACCACCAGUUCACUGCCUUUUAUUAGUUCUUCGACAGACGGAAACUCACCGGGCCCUCUCAUGAUGAACGCGUCGGCUUGCGUCUCCCCACCCUCCCCCUCAUGGUACACACAGGGACUGGCGUGUGGCGAAGGUAAUGGCUUGGACGUGGAGCGAAUCAGGAGUACUGACUUAUUUUUCCCAGUUCAUGGAAAAGGCUUUUUUUUUUUUUUUCUUUUUUUUUUUUUUUUACCAGCGUGGCAGCCCUAUAACAUCAAUUUCUUCGUUUUGGGAUCUAAUUUUUUUUUUUUUUUUUUUUUUUACCCACUUGUUUGCAGAGCUGGAGCAGACCAUGUCUCUUACUCUAAAAGACUGUUAUAUGGACACAUAAAUCUUUCAAAUGAUCUUAUUAAUUUUUAGAUUUUACAUUCCUAUGCUUUUAUCCCCCCCCCUGAAUUCCAAGUAUUUUGUCAUGUAUAGAAAAAGUGAUAAACCAGGAGGGGUGAUUGGAAAAGAGUCUUUGUGCAUUUUGAUUCUUUUUUUUUUUUUUUUUUUUUCUGGCUAAAACCACAUUCAAGCUUCUCAAGUACUGCAGUGUUCACAUUUCAGAGUUUAUGAUGGGGGGGCGGGGAGGGGGGGGGGUUGUGUACAAAUGUGAGCUUUUUAUCUGCAAACUGUCUCUGUAAAUAUGUUUUGGCCAACAUUUAUGGUUCUCUUUAUUUUGCUAUUGUUUGAAGAUGUUAAUGGUUUUAUUGUAACUUUUAAUAAGGGUAAAAUAAAUGUUCAAUCCCCUCUA